AUGGAAAGGUUGAACUCAAAGCUUUACUUGCAGAACUGUUACAUAAUGAAAGAGAAUGAGAGGCUAAGGAAGAAAGCUCAGAUUCUUAAUCAAGAGAAUCAGGCACUGCUUUCUGAGCUCAAACAGAAGCUCUCAAAGGGUAGUCAGAAAUCCAAUGCAUCAACAAACACCAUUCUUGACCUUGGACUCAGCUCAAGUUCAAGUCAAAAUCCUUCUAGUUCCGGCAAUUAAUCUGCUUAGUGAAAAGAAGCAUCUUGACCCCACUAGUGACUCUAUUUUAAUUUUUUUUUAACCUUUUUGUGUAAAACCAAUGUCAGCACUAGUAGUUGUAGUCUCUGUUCCAUAGGACAAUACUAGCAAUCCUCUACCAGGGUACUUUUUCUUCCAUUUCCAUGUUUCAUCACAUCUUCUUUUUUU